GGAUGGUACAGAUCUGGCAACCCAGAUCCGCGCCAAACACUAUUCAACCCAGCAGCCGCUUCAGGUUCGGUAUUAACGGGAGCGGGUUCCUGCUGCUGAGCACCACACUCUGUUUUCACAAUGGCGAAAAUAUGCACGAUAUCCGACAACGAGUCUGACGCGUCAGGUGAUCAAGAAGACACCGAGCACUUUGAUAUCAACCACGGAGCCGAGGCGUCUCAUCCUGAGCACCACCUAUCUGUUCCACAGACAUCCCGAGGAGAGCUAACGGCAAGGUCUAGGAAUUUGUCUGUAAAUGAAGAGGUCCUCCAGGAGGCUAUUGACGGGAGAGCCGGAGAUGGAGAGUCUUUCCGACCUAGAUCUCGUUCAGCGCCUCCGGUUUUAUGGGCCGCCAAGAAAUAUGGCAGGGAGCUGAGGAGGAUGAGCGAUGAGUUUGACACCUUAUUCGACAAAGGGAUGAAGAGGGUGAAGAGUGCAGGUACAGCCUGUCAGAUGCACACCUCCCGCAGCUGGUUCAACUUCCUCUGGAGCCACCAGGAGUCAGAGAGUGAGACCAUGAGCAGUCUGACAGUACAAGACACCCGUCCUGCAGAGUGACGCAUCUCUGGAGAAGUCUUGUAAAUUACGAACGAGCGAACAUUAGUUAUGCCGUAUAUAAAGAAUCAAGAGGAAACUCCGAAUCCAGAACUUUUGUCUUCAUGGACUAGUUUAAAACCUUCCUCAGAACCUGGUAGCGAUUGGGACCCUGGACCAAUCACAGUCUCCACCAUCACCUGAGUGAUAUUUACUACUACAGAACAAACACACGGAGAUUGUUUCCUGGGUCUGGGCUCCACUACUGUGGGGAAACUAUAUGAGCUGUUUGGGCAGAAUGACCGGUUAGUUCAGUGCGUGUGAGAUUCAAUCAGAACUACUGGAGCAUUGAGAAGAAUGCAACAAUGGCGCUCACUGCUAUCUUUCCUGGCUGUAGGAAAACAUUUCUUGUCUAUGGUGUGGGUUAACGAAAUAAUCACAAAAACAAUAACAAACAUAGCUUUCAGUUGCUAUGUUGAACUAAUUACCCUUUCAACUCCUACAGCCUUACUUGAGAAAUGUAAAUGAAUACAAAUAAAUGUACUGAAUGAACAGAUUAAUUUUACAAUGAGCCAUAAAAGUAAUAACUGAUCUUUGUAUCUUAGGGGUAUGAAGUGUAGGGGAAAAGGACUUUGAUCAGUUUUCGUGUGCACGUAAAUCUUUUGUCAUCUCUAUCCUAAUGGAGCAUUCUGCAAUCUGAGAGCAAUAAGACAAGUAGGAUUGUAAAAAUUUGUAAAACAUAGCAACAGGGCCUUACAAUCAUUAUUACUGUACUUGAAAAUAUAAAAACGAAAUGACUUGCAAUGCUUUUAACACUGUUGAAUAACUUACCAUUAUAUUUUAUAAUUACACUGUGAACGACUAUUAAAAAAAAUCACUGCAAGAGUUUUUUUUUUUUUAUCGUUUCUUAAAUGGUAUUUAGCUGCAGUGCGUUUUGAGGAAAGUGCAGUUUUACAAAAAUACUUUUACAUACAGGGCUCUACAUUUAACUUUUGAAACCACUUGUCCGAAUGUGAAGUUGACUUGUCCGAAGAAAUAUUUGAGAAAAAAAACUAUUUGUAACCCAACAAUCUUUAUGGCAUUUGUUUCUGAAUUCACAACAUAUGCAUAAUAUCUAUGAAUCAAAAGUAAUCAAUACUUGAUAUACUGAGGCAAAAGUUCAAAAAUAUAGUAAAACAGACUGAUUGAUACCAUAAUUCACCAAUUAUUCUGCUGAAGUUCAGAAGCAACAUAUUCCAAUAGAGUAGAAAUUAUGAACAUAAAAUUUUAAGAACAAAAUAACUAUACAGGUAGGCGUCGACUUACGACCUAUGCGACUUACAACUGAUCGACUUUACGACCGUCUGGUUAUGACUGGCAAGUGUUUCCCAGCUGAGCUAGCUGAGUGUACGACAGUUUCCGCCCCAGCUCCUGGUUUAUGAAACGAGCAAAUGCUCCCGCCAGCUCGAGCGCUGCAACAGCUGAUGAUGACGUAGACGACCCACAGCCAAGCGCCAGUGAUGCCAGCGGUCACUAAAUUUUGUAUUUUGCUAUGUUUUACAUUUGUAUUUUGGUAUGUUUCAAACUAACAUGUUUUCUAUUUUUCACACCUGUAUUUCGUAUUUUUUGUUUUGCACAUAUUAAACGAAUUGUACAGUA